AUGGAGAUACCGCUCAAUUCUGAAGCUCAAGACCACCCGCUUCUGCCAGAUGGUAAGACCAAGACCAAGAUUGGAGAGCUGGCUUCAGAGGAAGAAAUCACAGCAGAAAAUGAGCCAUUGGCUGAAGAGUCUGACAGUCCCAGAGACGAUGCUCUCCAGGAUUCUGAAUGCAGAGAAUUCUGUGAAUUGGGGGAUAUAUUAAAUGAAAAGGAUAAGAACAUCUUUAAAAGAAGACAGUGUAACUGUGAUGAAUGUGGACAAAACUUUGCUUGGAGUACAGGCCUCAUUAGGCAUCAGAGAAACCAAUGGGAGAAACCCUAUGAAUGUGAUAAGUGUGGGAAGGCCUUUCGUGUGAGCUCAGCUCUGGUUCUGCAUCAAAGAAUUCAUACUGGGGAGAAACCCUAUCCUUGUCAUUGGUGUAUUAAAAGUUUCCGUCGGAGCUCAGACCUUAUUAAACAUCAAAGAGUCCACACUGGUGAAAAACCCUAUAAAUGUGAUGAAUGUGGGAAAGCCUUCAGUCAGAGCUCAGAUCUUAUUAUACAUCAGAGAAUCCACACGGGAGAAAAACCCUAUCAGUGCAGUCACUGUCAUAAAAGUUUUAGCCAGCGCUCAGACCUGGUUAAACACUUGAGAAUCCAUACUGGAGAGAAGCCUUAUACAUGUAACCAGUGUAACAAACAUUUUAGUCAGAGUUCUGAUGUUAUAAAACAUCAAAGAAUCCACACUGGUGAAAAACCAUAUAAAUGUGAUGUAUGUGGGAAAGCCUUCAGUCAGAGCUCUGAUCUUAUUCUACAUCAGAGAAUCCAUACCGGGGAGAAACCAUAUCCAUGUGAUCAGUGUAGCAAAAGUUUCAGUCAGAACUCAGACCUUAUUAAACAUCGAAGGAUCCACACAGGAGAGAAACCCUAUAAAUGUAAUGAAUGUGGGAAGGCUUUUAAUCAGAGUUCAGUCCUUAUUCUGCACCAGAGAAUCCACACUGGAGAGAAACCCUAUCCGUGUACUCAGUGUAGCAAAACAUUCAGCCGACUUUCAGAUCUUAUUAAUCAUCAGCGAAUUCACACUGGAGAAAAGCCUUAUCCAUGUAACCAGUGCAAUAAAAUGUUUAGUCGAAGAUCUGAUCUUGUAAAGCACCAUAGGAUUCAUACGGGUGAGAAACCCUAUGAAUGUGAUGAGUGUGGGAAAACCUUUAGUCAAAGCUCCAACCUUAUUCUACAUCAGAGAAUCCACACUGGUGAGAAACCUUAUCCAUGCAGUGAUUGUUCUAAGAGCUUUAGUCGUCGUUCAGAUCUUGUUAAACAUAAAAGAAUCCACACUGGAGAGAAACCAUAUGCAUGUAAUCAGUGCAAUAAAAGUUUUAGUCAGAGCUCUGACCUCACUAAACAUCAGAGAGUGCACUCUGGGGAGAAGCCCUAUCAUUGCAAUACUUGUGAGAGAGCCUUCAGUCAGAGUUCCGACCUUAUUCUUCAUCAGAGAAUUCACACUGGAGAAAAACCAUACCCAUGCACACAGUGCAACAAAAGUUUCACUCAGAACUCAGACCUUAUCAAACACCAGAGAACCCACACCGGGGAAAAACCAUACAAAUGUAAUGAGUGUGGGAAGGCCUUCAGUCAGUGCUCAGCUCUCAUCCUACAUCAGAGGAUCCACACUGGGGAGAAACCGUAUUGGUGUGAUCAGUGUGGCAAAAGUUUUAGUCGGCGCUCUGAUCUCAUUAACCAUCAAAGAAUCCACAAUGGUGAAAAGCCAUAUAGAUGA